AUCCCGGCGCGAUAGUACGUCGGUCGGCAGUGACGAUUGUUUACACGAUGGCGUCCGGCGGUGAAAACGCGACCGAGGAACGGACGGAAGCGUCAACGCCGGCUCAACCCGUCGCCAAUGCCGUAUCCGAGACAACCCACAAAGUGAUAGGGAUGGAUAAGGAUGGCGAGUUGUCUGGUGUACCAGCAAAGAAGCCUCGUGUCGAAGUACAAUCCCUUCCAACCAGACAGUAUUUAGAUCAGACGGUGGUGCCGAUAUUGCUCCAAGCGUUGUCCUGCCUGGCCAAAGAGAGGCCCACCGAUCCCAUAAGCUUCCUCGCCGGUUAUUUAUUGAGAAACAAGAGUCAGUACGACAGUGGCGGCUCGCCGCCUACUAGUCAAUGAAUGCUUCCUCGUCUGCGCGCGCCUCCCUCCGUUAUGUGGAAAUCCAUGAACAUUUUUCCGUAAGAAAUCUCCCUUUCUCAAUUCUUUUAUCAUAUAUUUACGAUAAACACGUGUACUUUUGUAUUUUCGUAUGAAAUAAAAAUGUGUUAGCUUUUUACCAUAGGGACGAUAGUGAUCUCUUAGCGAGAUAAUGCGAUGUUGUUUUGAGAAAUGUAAUGUUUAUUAGUAAUGAAUUAAAUUCAACUUUAAAUAUUGAAA